CUACAACAUGGGCAUUGUGGAAAGCAGAAUUUUGGCAAACCAUAUCCUCGCUGCUUGUGAGAAGGCUGAAAAAGAAGGCAAAGAUCAAUUGGACGAGAAUCAUUUCUGUAAAAAUGCGGAAACAACGAAGGUAUCAAAAAGUAUAUACAAAUAUAUCCCCAACAAUAUCCGGCGCUCUCGUCAGCCCGUUAUCAGAAAAGCCAUCUCAGACUCUUCUCGGCAACUUCAAGUCCCCAAAACCGUCCAAGACCUGCAGUACAGACGUAAAUCACUAUUCCACAGCCAGGCAAUUGAAAACCCGGAUUCAGCAGUCGCUCUUCAACCUGCAAGUUUCCCCCAGAGUUCUUUCGAUCCUACACCGACAUCCCCACUUAGCAUUCUUUAUAAUCUCAUUGUUGCUUGCGAAGAACAGCUGCAUUUGGAAAAAAUUCGUCUAAGAAUCUUAUGUGUCGCAAUUUUCCGACUAAAGGAUGCCGUACAGCCAGGCACCCGAUAUCAAUACGAUGAUGCUUCAAUGUUUAUAGCCCAUGUGAUUAGGAAUUCUGGCUGCAAUGACCCCUUCCUGUCGUCGAAAGUCGGGUACGACUCUGGGUUGGCCGAGGAGAACGGUACUGUCUAA